CCUAAGACGUUGUUCAAUGUCUUGGUUUUGCUAAUGGCUACUUUGUACAGAACAUUAAGCAGAAGAAGCUGUUGUCAUGCCUCAGCUUCUCUAACCCGUACCUAUUACUCGUCACCGCUACACCAAUACAACAAAUAUAUAUCCAAUCUGAUUCGAAGUUGUAGAUUAAGAGAAGCGAGAGCACUCUUUGAUACCAUGAAGCACCGAAAUGCCGUUACUUGGAAUUCCAUGAUUAGUGGGUACGUUCAUCGGAGAGAGAUUGUCAAGGCACGCCAAUUGUUUGACGAAAUGCCCCAAAGGGACAUCGUGUCCUGGAAUCUCAUUGUUUCGGGUUACUUUUCGUGUCGUGGAAGUAGGUUCAUCGAGGAAGGACGUAAGCUGUUUGAGCUAAUGCCCGAAAGAGAUUGUGUCUCUUGGAACACGGUCAUCAGUGGGUAUGCUAAAAAUGGCAGGAUGGACCAGGCUUUGAAGCUCUUCAAUGCCAUGCCGGAGCGUAAUGUUGUGUCCUUCAAUGCUGUGAUCACUGGGUUCUUGCUGAAUGGAGAUGUGGAUUUGGCAGUUGGUUUUUUUAAGACGAUGCCUGAGCAUGAUUCGGCCUCUCUUAGUGCCCUUAUUUCAGGGCUUGUUAGAAACGGUGAAUUGGACAUGGCUGCUGGGAUUUUGCACGAAUUUGGUAGUGAUGAUGAUAGUAAGGAUAAUUUGGUGCAUGCUUAUAACACCCUGAUUGCAGGUUAUGGUCAAAGAGGUCGUGUGGAAGAAGCUCGGCGCCUUUUUGAUGAGAUUCCAGAUGAUCGAGGUGGUGGUGAAAAGGAUCAAAGGAGGUUCAGGCGAAAUGUGGUCUCAUGGAAUUCAAUGAUGAUGUCCUAUGUGAAAGCGGGAGACAUAGUCUCUGCCAGGGAACUCUUUGAUAGGAUGGUGGAGCGUGAUACCUGUUCUUGGAACACUCUGAUCAGUGGCUAUGUUCAAAUCUCGAACAUGGAUGAAGCUUCAAAGCUUUUCAGGGAAAUGCCCUGUCCUGAUGUACUUUCAUGGAAUUCGAUAGUUUCUGGGUUUGCGCAGAACGGUAACUUGAAUCUUGCAAAAUAUUUCUUUGAGAAGAUGCCCCACAAAAACCUGAUCUCAUGGAAUACGAUGAUAGCUGGUUAUGAGAAAAAUGAAGACUAUAAGGGUGCUGCUAGGCUAUUUUCUCAGAUGCAGCUUGAGGGAGAGAAGCCAGAUAAACACACAUUAUCAUCAGUUAUCAGUGUGUGUACUGGGUUGGUGGAUCUUUACCUAGGCAAGCAGAUACAUCAGCUUGUCACGAAGAUUGUUCUUCCUGACUCACCGAUAAAUAAUUCCCUUAUUACCAUGUACUCGAGAUGUGGGGCAAUAGUUGAUGCAUGUACUGUAUUUAACGAGAGAAAACUUUAUAAAGAUGUGAUCACUUGGAAUGCAAUGAUUGGAGGCUAUGCGUCUCAUGGCUUAGCGGCAGAAGCCCUUCAGCUUUUCAAACUGAUGAAAAAGCUUAAAAUUCACCCUACCUAUAUAACCUUCAUUUCGGUUUUAAAUGCAUGCGCCCACGCAGGACUAGUUGAAGAAGGGAGGAUACAAUUCAAAUCCAUGGUUACGGACUAUGGUAUUGAGCCACGGAUUGAGCACUUUGCCUCCCUUGUGGACAUCUUGGGACGGCAGGGGCAGCUUAAGGAAGCUAUGGAUUUGAUUAACACCAUGCCAUUUAAACCAGAUAAGGCUGUGUGGGGUGCAUUACUAAGUGCUUGUAGAGUUCAUAAUAAUGUAGAAUUGGCCAUAGUAGCUGCUGAUGCUUUGAUCAAACUUGAACCAGAAAGUUCAGCUCCGUAUGUAUUGUUAUAUAAUAUGUAUGCUAAUUUAAGACAGUGGGAAGAUGCUGAGCAUGUGAGAGUUUUGAUGGAAGAAAAGAAUGUCAAGAAGCAAGCAGGAUAUAGUUGGGUAGACUGAUCGACAGAGACAACUUUAUUGUCUUAGAAAUCUUCAGUCUACAAUAGAUGUCAGAUAAUUUUAGUGUUAGUUAUUCAACAUAACCAUACACAUACUGUGCCAGAUAGGAAAGAUGAUAUUGACUGAUUAAGCAGAUUUCAAAGUAGAAUAAAUUUCCAGACGUUGGUUUGAAAUGGAAGAAGCAUGUCUUCUGGCAAACAUUCAGAGAUCAAUUUGCCAAUGUCAACAUUACGUGAUUUCUACUUUGGCUGGCUGGAAGAUUAGUCUUCCAUAUGCUGAAGGCGUCACUUGUUCCUACCUGUAAAAGAAUUCUGUCUGCCAUGAAACGUUCUAUGUGGCUAUUUGGCACUGGUAAAGUGCGUCGGAAGUUUGACUUAACAAACCAAUAUUUUGGAAGUUUAGGUAACUUUGAGGUUGCUGAACCAGUGUAUACUUGGAAAGGAGUGGCAGAGUUUUUAUAAAGGAGGUGAAGUAAAAAAAAUUCGUCCACCCUCCCUUGUAAUCGGUAGAGAAUAAACUCUAAUAAAUUUGUAUAGAGAUUAGACAUUCAAAUUAUAUUUACUUUGAAUAUAUAUAUUUUUUUUUCAAAAUUAUUAGUUAAAAUAUGUCAGAGCUACAAAGUAUUAUGGAUGAAAUUUGUAAUGGGCUGAACUUAGUAUCGGACACUCUUCUGAGAAUCGUCACAUUCUUCAAAGUAUGUGUUAACUCCCACAUGAUUUCGAUUUGUCAGAAUGAUGUUUCUUAUGAAAUCGUUAGAAAGUGGAGAUUUUGAAGAAUCAAGUUCAGGAUCUCAUUAAUGGAAGAGAUCAAAAAUCAAAAUUAUCAAUGGUGACAAUUAUUUAAAGUUAGGAAGU